UAUGAUUGCGUGAAGCACAUGCUCACUUUCUUCCUUCUUCCCCAUUUACCAAUUACCACCAUUCUUACCGGUAGGUCAACUCAGAUCAUCAACUGCACCAGAUAGAGAUGGCAACAGCAGCAGCAGGGACUUCAUCUUCAAUGGCGCAAGCUAUGUUUGCAUCUCGAUCAUUCACGCCGUCCUUCUCUCGUCGCUCUUCUUUGCCUCGUCUUCCUUUUCUACCUCCUUCAGCUUCUUCUCCGUUACCACCUUCUUUUAACCUCCGAAUCUCAGGAUCAAAGAAGUCGUUAUCAUAUCGGAUUAAGGCGUCCUCAGAAGAUUCAUCUGAAACUUCAGAAGUUGGAGAGGUAUUCUCCAACUUAAAGGAAAAGUGGGAUGCACUUGAAAACAAACCCAUGGCUGUUGUCUAUGGAGGAGGAGCAGCUGUUGGUGUUUGGCUGUCUUCCACUGUUGUUAAUGCAAUCAACUCGGUUCCUGUUGUCCCAAAGUUCAUGGAACUGAUUGGACUCGGAUACACUGGAUGGUUCAUCUAUAGGUAUCUUCUCUUUAAGUCAGGUAGAAAAGAACUAGCUGAUGAUAUCGAAGUGCUGAAGAAGAAGAUUAUUGGAACCGAAUAGACAACGGUAAUUGGUAACAUGUAUUUACUUUAUAUUAUCGAUCCAAAGUUGUUUAUAGGUUUCCUUCUGCUAUGACACUUGAUAGGGUUCACAUCCUGUGUUUGUUGUAUCACAUGUUUUUUCUAUAUUUGAUCCUUCUGUAAAUUGGCUAUAUUUUAAUGAAAAUAAAUUAACUUCUCGCUGUUUAUAC